UGAAUUGGAACAGUACUUGGGCAGCGACUGGUGAUGACGUUUCACAAGAACACAAGUACAGUCAAGAACUCGGGUCUGUCUGUAAAAAUGACGCUGAUUAUGAACGCUUGCGCUUUUUUAUGCAAAGUCCUCACUCUACCGCUACACGUUGCGGAGCUGAUAGGACUCUUGUCUUUCUACAAACGCGUAAUUCCUGUAAUGAUCUAUAAAAUAACGUUGGCGUACAAUUACAUAAUGAACGAGAAGAAAGGGGAACUAUUUCGAAACCUGUCCAAAUUCUACCCCACUAAAGGCUCUCUGCGCAUCUUGGAAGUGGGCUGCGGAUCCGGCGCGAACUUCGAGCACUAUCCGACGGGCUGCAGGAUCACAUGCAUCGACCCCAACCCGCAUUUCAAAAACUACCUGGAGAAAAGUAUGGCGAAAAACGACCACCUCGUAUAUGACAGCUUCAUAGUGGCGUCGGGGGAGAAUCUACAGGCGGUGGAGGAGAACUCACUGGAUGUCGUGGUGUGCACACUGGUUCUGUGUUCAGUCCAAGAUACGCCGAAAGUUCUGCAAGAAGUAAAGAGAGUUCUCAGGCCUGGAGGAGCAUUUUUCUUCCUUGAACAUGUGGUGUCUGACCCCUCAACAUGGACUUACUUUUUUCAACAUGUUCUUCAGCCAUUCUGGUACUAUAUUUAUGAUGGCUGUCAGACAACCCGUGCUACUUGGAAGCACAUUGAGGCAGCUGGCUUCUCUGACCUAGAGCUACGCCACAUCCAAGCUCCUCUGUUUUUUAUGAUCAAACCUCACAUUUGUGGUUAUGCCAUCAAAUAAGAAGUAUACAUUUUGCCACAACAGAAGAACCUUCUAAAGGUUUUAACAAGCAUGUCUCUUUCAUUUCACCAUCUACUUUUAAA